AUGUCGGCACAAGCUCGACCUUUCGCUGGGGAACGCUGAUGCUACCGAGCAGUACCAUAAACCACGACCUAUUUUCGCACACCAACACCACACAGAUUUCAUGCCGGUAUCCUGUCGCGACAGUGCUGUCCCGCUUGCGCCGGAGUGACGCGCGGCCUUGUUGCGGCGCGUCUGGCGGGCUCAGGCAGCCCGUUGCCACAACGCAUUCCGACGCCGCAGCAUCAAACCAACAGCAAAUACCGUUUUCGGAAUACGACGAUACCGAGGUAUGGAUGACAAACUUGCAGCAAUUCUACCGCGAAUGAUUCGAAAUUUUGCAGCUUGGCUCUCAGGCCGAGUACCGGCGCAUACAAUCAAUUGUGUUCGGAAGGCCCGCCUUGGUUGCAAGCCGUUCGAAGGCCCAAACCCACCAAGCUGCGAGUGUUGUCCGAGGCAACUUCCUGCACAGCACAAGCAGCCAAGACCUGCCCCUUACCCGACCCUCACAUUUCUGGCAUCAAAAGGCAAGGAACCCUCGAUCUCUCUGAGCGCGCAAAGGAAAGCACCCAUCACAAUGGCGCACCCGGGGCCCCACGGCUUGGCGCGAAAACGGAAAUAUCGAGCGCAUUUCAUGGCCUUUGGCAUGUUGGGCGUCUCAGUAACCGGGCGCAUGGCAACCGUGCCCGUCUUCAGGGGGUGGAAGGGCCUCGAGCGCCGCUCCCAAGAUGAACGGGAAGUAUCUGUACUUGGAACGGGGCGGAAAUGGGGUGUGCCCCGUGCAGGUCUGUGGCCCGUGUGGCUUCAGGUUCGUCCAACCCGAUGCACAACACUUCCCGUCCAACACCCAGCCUUGUCUGUGAGUCAUCUUCGGCCCUCACACAUAAAUUCUUGUUUUGAGCAAUCAAAGCACAAAGAUGCAUCGCCGCCGAUAAGCGCGAGCGCUUCGUAAAGGCGAGGGUUCAAACCUCGCUCUCCUCCGUCGCGGUUUGCCGGACCGCGAGGAGGGGGGAAGGCGGGCGCAGGCGAUUGCGCGAUUGCCACAGCGGGCUGGCUGGGUUGACGGUCGGCCGCUCCCUCCCUCCUGCCCAACCGUGCCAACCCGCACGCACACUCU